AUGGCUCGUUCGUCUUUGGAAUCUGGUACACAUGUUGUAAACGGGAUUGCAGACGAUUUGGACUUGCUUCAUAUUGAGAUGGACAUAGAAUUGACAGAGAACAGAACCGAGCGAGAUGCUGCUGUUUGUUCUAGAAAUGUCUUAAGGAAGCAGCGACACUGGGAGAGACAACUGGCUGCUAAAAGGAGCAAAAGAAAAGAGGAGAAGCAACGCAGAAAGCUUAACCGGGUGCAGCAAUGUGAUGGUGAUAAGGACUCUCCUCAGUUCACCAAACGCGUGUUGAAAGCCAUCACUAAAGAUCGACUUGCAGAAGCUCAAUCCACAGGCCCCAGACUGUGUGUGGACCUCAGUAUGACGGACUGUAUGUCUGACAAGGAGAUCUGCAGACUGGCCGCACAGCUCAGGCGACUCUACGGCUCAAAUAAAAAAGCAUUGAGACCAUUUCAUCUGUUUCUGAGUGACUUUGAAGUCGACAGCCGCCUGUGCAGAGCGUGCGUGAGGAUGAACCAAGGAUUCCUCAACUACACGAUGGAUUUUUCGAAUGAAAGCUUUGUGGAUUUAUUCCCGUCAGAGACUAUUGUUUACCUCACUCCAGAUGCUGAACAAGCGUUACAGUCGAUGGACCCUGACAAAGUCUAUGUUCUCGGUGGAUUGGUGGACGAAAGUAUUCAAAAGAAGUUGAGCUUGGAUCGAGCCAGUGAACUGAGCGUCGUCACAGCCAGACUUCCCAUCGACGAAUACAUGACCAAAAAACACAACUCGAAAAGCUUUCACUCUAAAAUACUGGCAAUAAAUCAAGUCUUUGACAUCUUGUUGACGUUCUGUGACACCGGCAGCUGGACAGAGGCCUUCAGGCUGUGGUUUCCUUUGGGGAAGGGCUACACCGUCCAUGCAGGCACCACCACACCUCACAGUUCAUGA